AUAUACAUACGCAACAAUUUAGUACAUUCAUACAUACGCAAAACUUUAAAACAUAUAUAUAUAUAUAUACUCGCAAAAACUCAAUGCUUAUCACCAAAUUUUUCUCCUGUCAUUUAAUUUUGAUUUCGUUUCCUAAUUUAUAAAGUUAAUUAAAUUUCUAAAAAGAAAAUUAGGAUAAUUUUACGAGUGACUCUCGUAGUCGUGGUAGUAGUAGCAGAGGUGGCCCGGCAGCUGUAGAGGUAAUAGAAGUGGUUGUAAUUGGUUUUAGUAGCACCUGUGAUUGGAAAGUACCUGUGAUAGUAAGACACCUGUAGUUGUGGUACCUUCGUUGGCAAGGUACCUGUGAUAGGAAGGUGGUGGUGGUCUUGGCGGUUGUUUGUUGCAAGGCCGAUGGCGAAAGCGGCCAAUGCCCAGGAGUCCGAAACGACUGAAGUGAAAAAUGUCCAAAUAUUCUGUAACGGUAACAAGUUCGCCCCUCCCAGACACGUGGUCGUCAAUACGAGGCAUAUUCGUAAUUUCGACAACUUCCUCGAUGAACUCACUAGGAUUUUAAACCCUUUACAAGGGGCCAUUCGGCGCCUGUACACGCCGGUGAGUGGCAACUCCGUCGAAGAUACGAGAGAGCUACAAGAAGGUGGAGGUUACGUGGCGGCCGGCAAAGAAAGAUUCAAAAAACUCAAUUAUUUUGAAAUACAACCAAUAUCUCCAAGACGAACAAAAGGACCAAAAUUUCCUUAUUUUGAUAUAAAACCAGUGACCCACAGUCAGUUUCGUGUUUCAGGAAAAGUGAAAAAAAUUAAUAUCCAAAGCAAGAAAAUUGUAGUGUUUCCUAAUGGCCAGUUCUUUCUACCACCAUCCAUUAUUGUUCUAAACCAAACAGAACAGACGUCCAUGGAUACAGUCAUGCAUUCAGUUGGCAUCAAAGUUGAUUUACCCCAGGGUGGCUUUCCAGAACGGUUGUACACUUUGGAUGGUGACCGUGUGGAUCACACAGACAAAGUCACUAACGGUACCAUGUAUGUCGCUGCUUCACACCGAGAGAAGUUCAAACCCGGUCCCUAUGGCCCUUACAUGAGGAUGGGGCCUCUUAAAUUCCCAUUACGCUUGACUCCACUAAACAGGAAGAAAUACGAAGCCAAAGGCAGUGACAGCGAAAUAUCUCAAGAAAAUUCUACAUCUUCCGAUUACAGUUCUUCGAAAAGGUCAAGGAAAUCUCGAGCUACAGUGCGAGAGAACGAGAACGGGGUGUUCCAUGUCCGACAGGCAAGACGGAAGAAAAGUCCAGAAAAGGCUCCAGCCAAGCAACCAGAUUAUGACCGAGAUCAAGGAGGCGUUUUCAAGGCAAAAGACAAGAAUCCAGAAACCCGACAUGCCAAUGUCGUGUCUGAGAGUGCUGACACCAAGAUGGAGGUACCAGUAGACAAUAUGGCCGCUGAACAGAUUAAUGAAGAGAAGUUGAGUGAUAAGGAAUCUCGCAGUAAAAACACUUCCAUAAAGAAAUCAGAAAAAGAACAGAAAAAGACAAAUGAAGUUUCAGGCAAUCAAAGAACCAAAAACCAAAAGAAUGCUGAUGUUUCUCCUAGCAAAAAAACCACUGCAAAUAACGGUGAGUCUGCUAAAGACCAAAUUUCGGGGCAAGCAGCACCAGAUGCGGGAUUAGGGAAUUCAACAUCAUCCUCCAAGGACUCUGAUCAAAAGAACACCACCACUGAUGCUGAGGGAGAGAAGAAAGCCACUGAUGAACCAAAGAACUCAAAGACAGUCGGGAAAUCUGAGGAAUCCCUUGCAGACAAUCACGCCAACACACCGCCACCAGGGCAAUUCUUUGCACAAGAAGAAUCAAAUAAACAGGUAGGAGAUGGUAGUUCAUCCGACUCUUCGAAAGCGUUCAAUAAUGAUGGUGGAGCUGCUCAGAAUGAUGCCAAGGAUAAUGAUGACCGAGUCGAGAGUCCAGAGGUGGAACCAACGAAAGACAGCAGAGCUGAAACCAAUGACAGCAAUGCCAAAGCAGAUGACCAAAGAAUAUCCGACAAUCAAACAUCAAACAAUGAAUCUCCCGUGUCUGAACCCAAUGCAGUUGAGAAAGAUCCUUUUGAAAGCUCUGUUUCACCUGUAGGUGACGCUGACGGAAGAGAAGACUCUUUCUCGAGUAACAGGACAAAGAGUGAUGACAAUCUGAACGAUAAACAACCUGAACAGGAGCCGGAGAAUAAGAAUGCUCAAAACAAUCAAGGUUCAUCUGGAGACAAAAGCAAUACGAAAGACGCCGAAGAACUGGAUAAACCCCUGAGUCCACAGGGACAAGAUGCCGUAAACAGCCCACCACUUGAGUCAAGUGUUGACCGAGAGCGCUCACCAUCGGUACAGUCCCCACAGCUUUCAGAAUCCCUUACGAGCGACCAGUUGUCGGAGAGCAAAGCGCAGGACAACAACAGCAGUGAAGUUCUGAAAGACGACAAAAAUGCUUUGAACAGCAGCCAAGAUGUGAACAACGUAGCAGAUAUUCAACAGAAUGAAAGCCACAACAACAACACCGGGAAUUCCAAAGAACUGGAGAAGCAAUCAAAUCCAAAUGCUGAUGAGAAAAAUCCACCCAAAGUCCCAGCUUCAAAUAAUGGCUAAACACACCUCAACAUAUAUAUAAUAAAUAUAUAUAUAUAUGUACAUACAUAUGUGUAUAUAUAUA